UUGCAAUCGAAUGCUGAGAAUAUCCAGAAAAUCAGGGAAAAACGAGAAUCACUUUCGUUUAACCGUGGGUGCUUAUUUCAGCUUGAUGCGCUGGAUCGACUGAAUGUCAUUCACGUAAGUGGAACAAAAGGAAAAGGAUCCACGUGUGCCUUUGUAGAAUCCAUCUUAAGAAAUCUGGGAUUUAGAACUGGUUUGUACACAUCACCUCAUCUGGUUCACGCGCGUGAAAGAAUCCGAAUCAAUGGAAAGCCUAUCAGCGAGACUCUCUUUGCUAAACAUUUCUUCACCGUCUAUAAUAAACUCAGGCAGAAAGCAGAUGAAGGAGACAUGCCGCCUUACUUCAAGUUUUUGACCCUUCUGUCUUUCCACGUUUUUAUCGAAGAAUGUGUCGAUGUAGCCAUAGUUGAAGUUGGAAUCGGGGGAGAAUAUGAUGCGACGAAUGUUGUCCAACACCCCGUUGUUUGUGGAAUUACCACCUUGGAUAUUGACCAUACCUCUAUACUUGGCACCACUUUGACGGAAAUUGCGUGGCACAAAGCUGGUAUCCUGAAAAGGGGCUGUCCUGCGAUUGUUACUCCAUUAUGCGAACAGCCUCUCAAGGUGGUAACGGAUCGUGCGCUGGAACGUGGUGUGAGCAGUCUUUUCUUCAUUGCACCGUCAUAUCAGAACUAUACAUUCGAGGGAGGAGCGGUAUCUGCUGGCAUAGCUGGUGACCAUCAAAAAGUCAAUGUUUCACUAGCACUCCAGCUUGCAAGAGCUUGGCUGAAGCAGACGCAAAGAGAAGGCAAUCCAUACUUUGUGCCAAAAUCAAUGGCUGAAGCUAUAGAGUCGUGUCACUGGCCCGGCAGAAGUCAGAUAGUUGUGAAGGAUAGGAUAAAAUAUUAUUUGGAUGGUGCACACACUCCUAAGAGUAUGGAGGUUUGCUCAAAAUGGUUUGGAGAUGCUGUCAAUAAUUCACAGAAGAAGCGUGUUCUAGUAUUCCAGUGUACUGCUGAUAGAAAACCGUCCAGUCUCCUAAAACUCUUCUUUAUGAAGAAAAGAGUAAUCCGGCUCCAUUCGCAAUUUUUUAAGUCGUGGAGCUCAAACUUUUUUUCUAUAGAUUAU